AUGGAUUCAGGGAAUGAGUCUGUUUCAAAAAGGAGGACCAGACAACAAUCUUUAAAAUAUAUGAUGGAGAUAAUUGAAAAGAGGAACAGAGUGAGUCAAAGUGGUAAUCCUACGAAUAUUAGUUGUGGAAGGAAAAGAAAAAAUAUGGAGUCUUCCGAAGGUGACGAGAGAAAUGUGGAAAAUAAUGGGCAGAGAAAGUUCAGUCUAGGAACUCGUGAGUUCUUCACGAAUCAACCUUUCGUUGAAGAAGUAUCUAAUGAUGGUGCAGAUUCGUCGGAGGAGGAGGAGGAGAAGAGUGAUCCUGAUGUUGUUAUCAUUAGGGAGGAGGAGGAAAGUGAUCCUGAUGUAGUUAUCAUUAGGGAGGAGGAGGAGGAAGAGGAUGAAGAGAAGUUUACUGAUACAACCUCAUAUUCCGAGUCAGAAUUCAGAUCUUCAACUGAUGCUCUUCGAAAGAAUCGGAAGAAGAUUUUUGAAGAGUCUGAGUUUUUGAAGUUUAUUGUUAAAUCAAUAAAAAAUGUUAAUGAUCAUAAUAAAGUCACUCCUCCUGAAAAGAAGGAACAUGUUUUUGUCAAAGAAGCACGUCCUUUAAUAUUCGGAUUUAAAGUCCAGGAACCUCUUCCUCCGGAGAAAGAAGAAUGGGAAAAGGAGGUUGACAAUCUUUUUGUUGAAAUGAACAUGUGUAUCAAAGAAUUACAUAUUGGCUUUACAAAUCCAUCUGUUUCGCCGAUGCAGAGUGGACAACUAAGUGAUUGUCAGAUGGGGAACCACCAUCUUGUUCUAGAUGAACAAAUUGGACUCAUCUGCUCAGUUUGUCCAUAUGUCCAUUUGGAGAGGAAGUACAUCUUCCCUCCUUUUGCUCAGAGAACUCGUGGGAGGUAUGAAAGAAAAUAUUUUGAAGAGUCGCCAUCACUCUUGGAUGUUCAUGGCUUCAGAGUUUCUGAUUUUUAUGGAGAAGGAACCGUGUGGGAUUUAGUUCCCCAAAAUGCCAAAGCGACAAUGUAUUUUCAUCAAUGUGAAGGAUUUGAGUUCAUGUGGAACAACAUUGCUGGAGAUAUAACUCUUGAGAGGCUGAGAGAGCCCCUAUCUGUGAGUAAGGGGGGAGGCAUUAUCUUACACCCACCUGGCACCGGAAAAACCCGACUCACCAUAGUGUUUCUUCAGUCAUUUCUGAAGUUGUUCCCACAGUGUCGGCCUGUAAUCAUAGCUCCAUCCAAUUUGCUUCUUAAAUGGGAAGCCAAGUUCCAGAAAUGGGCGGUGUACAUUCCCUUCCACAACUUGAACAACAAGGACUUCUCUUUAAAGGAAGAUGAAGGUACUGUUGGUGUCUUUAACUGUUUAUCCCAUGCUGUGAAAAAAAAUCCACACCUUAUACGCAUGGUGAAGCUGCAAUCUUGGGCGAAAAGUCAAAGUGUUUUGGGAAUCAGUUAUGACUUGUUCAGAAUUCUAACGGGAGAAGAUGGAGAGGGUUAUGCUAAAGAGACUAGAGAAAUACUUCUAAAAUUUCCUGGUCUUCUGGUCCUUGAAGAAGGGCAGAAUGGUUGGAAUGAGCAGAGUCUUGUGUGGAAAGCUUUGAGAAAGGUUGAAACAGAGAAGCGCAUACUUUUGUCUGGAACUCCAUUCAAGAAUAACAUCAAAGACCUGUACAACACUCUCUGUGUAGUUAGUCCAAAGUUUGCUGCUGAUUUUAAGCAGAAAUGGGCUUCUCUUAGCAGUUCCAUUGACAAGAAUGCUCGAGCGUUGGAAGAGAUUAGGGAUAUUAUUUCACCUCUUGUCCAUGAAUUCACCUUUUGUGGUGUAUAA